CUUCAGAAUUAUCCAUUCGAGCCGUCUCUGCGUUCUCAUUCUCAAUUCAUUAUCGAUUCGCGAUUUCCAUCAUCAAUGGCGGCCUCUUCUAUGGCCUCAAUUCUCCCCAUUUCAUCGUCUUCAUCUUCUUUCCCUCUGAGCACCCGCACCUUCGUAGUUCUCCCUACAAAACCCCUUUCCUUAACCCAUCAUCGCAAGCCGAAUCUAAACAUAUCUAUCAAUGCCCAAACCCUAGAUUUCGCCGGUACAUUCUUCGAAAGAGGUGGAUUCGGCGGAGGAGGAGAUGACGACGACCCACCAAUUGCUCAAGGAUCAGCAAUUUCCGCCGUAGAAGAAGAGGAACCCAAGUUAUGUCCCCCAGGUUAUCGUCAGUACGAAACCAUGGCCGUCUUAAGGCCAGACAUGUCAGAAGACGAACGCCUUAACCUAACUCAGAAGUAUGAAGAGUUGUUAGUUGCAGGAGGAGGAAUGUAUGUAGAAGUGUUCAACAGAGGAGUGAUUCCACUUGCCUAUGGGAUUAAGAAGAAAAACAAAGCAGGAGAAACCAACACUUAUCUAGAUGGAAUAUACCUCCUGUUCUCAUAUUACACCAAGCCUGAGGCAAUUGAACCUUUGGAGUCUGUUCUGAAACCAGAUGAUGAUAUCAUAAGAUCUUCAAGUUUCAAGAUUAGGAAGAGAAAAUACUGAUCAUUUGAGGUACUUUUAUAUAUAUAUUUGUUCACUACUUACUUAAUUUGCAUGUAUGUAUGUACCUUGUGUUGUUCUUCCUGUUGUUGAGAUUAAUUAAUGACUCAAAUUCUAUCUGUUAAUCCUACGAAACCAUUAUUAGAGAUUGAA